AUACAUAUCGGAUCUCUCUCUUGAGUGUCUUGAAUGUGACAUGGCGUCCAUCAAGAUAUAUCACGGCCUUCUGUAAAACUGAAUUAAAUGACAGUGAUCUUAUUUUGCAUUUUAUUACUGAGGCCGUAAUAAAUCGUACAUUUGCAUUGAUGGUAAUGCAUGCAAGGAAACCUCAGCGAAUAAGCGAUGGGUACUUUGAGAAGCAUCAGGCCCAUCCAUAUCAGAAGUACCAUUCAAAGAGUGACAGAAGAACUGAGUACGCUCCUUCAGAUCACCCGUACAUACCUCUCCGAUCCCCCAAUGGCAAUGUCUCAUCCCAUGGUCACAGCACACACGGCAGUCACUCCAGUCAUGGGCACCACCACUACAGCCAUCUCGCAGAUGACAGAGGAUACAAUACAUCCCGAAAUGUUUACAUGCCAAAAGGAUCCGAAAAGGAGAGAGAUAGAGACUACAAAACCUGUAGAAAUAAGUACUCAGAUAGUGUCAGAUCACCGAAGGAGAAACGUAGCAAAGAUUGUGAAAGUAGAAGUAAUCAUGAACGAAGUGAAUCAGAUAAAAAAAGUAGGCUUAGUGUUAGUAAAUAUGACAAGAGAAGUGCACCUUCAUCAAACGUGCCUCUGACCAUACACUGCCAAAGUGCCGAAUGGUCAGAACACAUUAGUUCAUCAGGAAAGAAGUAUUAUUAUAACUCUAUCAGUGAAGUGUCACAGUGGGAGAAGCCUAGGGAAUGGGACUCGAGGAGAAUGUCAUCCAAAGAUUCAACAUAUUCAUCAAGAAACAGUGAGUGAUUUGUUGUAUUAUAC